UUAAGAACGUUACACAGAUGACGCAUCGACUGCUGCAAAAGAAGGAUAUGAUAUUAUAAUUUUCUCGCACGUAUUUGUGUGUUCAAUCAAGAAUUUGCGUCUCGAUUUUAUCGGAUUUAAACUACCUAUCUAACAAAAUGAGUUUCCUGACGAAAAUGUUUGGAGGCAAGAAAGAGGAGAAAGGCCCGACAACGCAUGAGGCGAUACAAAAAUUACGUGAAACAGAAGAGUUGUUGAUCAAGAAACAGGAGUUUCUGGAGAAGAAAAUCGAGUUGGAAAUCCAAACAGCUAGGAAAAAUGGCACCAAAAAUAAGAGAGCUGCGAUCGCCGCGCUCAAGCGUAAGAAGCGCUAUGAGAAGCAACUCACCCAGAUUGAUGGGACACUCACCCAGAUUGAGGCUCAGCGUGAGGCGCUUGAGGGAGCUAACACCAAUGCCCAGGUGCUCAACACAAUGAAGGAUGCUGCCAAUGCAAUGAAACUUGCUCACAAAGAUAUAGACGUGGACAAGGUGCAUGACAUUAUGGACGACAUAGCGGAGCAGCACGACAUCUCACGCGAGAUCACUGACGCCAUCAGCAACAAUGUUGCCUUCCCCAACGACAUUGACGAGGACGAACUUGAGAAGGAGUUGGAAGAGCUGGAACAGGAGGAUCUGGACAAGGAGAUGCUGGGAAUCAACGUGCCCACAGACACGCUGCCGGAUGUGCCCAGCGCCGAGCUCGUCCACGACAAACCCAAGCCCAGCAGGUCCAAGCAGACUGAGGACGACGAGGAAUUCGCAAAGCUGCAGUCCUGGGCUACGUAGGCUGAUCGGGGUUCAACUACUUGUACGUUGUGAUACUUUGACGGUAGCGAGUGAAGGUUUAGUUUUGCACAGUUAAGCUCAAACAGAAGUGAAGUGUUAACACUAUUAGCCAUAAGUGUAUUAAACACAGAGUUCAAAUAAAAGGUUUAGUGCGGGUUCGUUUAACUCGCGCACCGAGGGUUCCGUACAAACUUUUAGUUAUCUCAUGCAAUUAUAACCACGAAGAACAUACAUAUUCGUAUACAUAUUAUUAUUAUGCGGGGUGUACACACUCGUCGAGACACCCCGAGACAGGCCGAGAAUGAGUGUGAAUGCUGCGGCCUUCUCGUCUCGCUCUUCCUCGUCACGUCUGGCGCCUCGCCUCUCCGAUUGGAUAGGAGCGGAGCUGAGACUCGGUGAGGGGCGCUAGACGAGUGUGUACAGCCGGCAUGAUACUAUUGAUACUAUACCAUCUAUAACAAAUAUACGGAAAUCUAAACGUGUGUUCAGAUCUAGCGAAUGUGCUGCGACUGCCGCAUAAGUUGCAUUGAUUAGGUGCACACUCUGAAGCAAAUAUCAUUCGCUAAGCUGCGCCGAACGCCACGCGUGUUACGUAGCGUGGCAUUGCAAACAUGUCUCCGAGAGAAUUCGCCCAACAUUGAAACUAGGGUAGACUGCUUUACAUCUGUGUUUCACAAACGUAUGGUGGUCACUACCGCCGCUGUCACCGUGCAGCGAUUUUUCUCGCGUUUUUUUGGCUCAGGCAUGAAGGUUGAUUGGUGAUCCGUGAAUAUAAUACUAUACCUACAGGGAAAUUGCACAUAUUAUCAAAACUAAGCCUUCAAUCGAACUUGUGUAUAUAAAUAUGUAUGAAACAAUCGUUCGGCUUUAUGAAAAUGUAAUCUGCCUUAUAUAUUUACUGACUGAAUUUUGUACUAUAACUGCUAUGAUUUCAGAUCUAGCAAAUGUGAGACUGUUCAAGAUGAAUAGACUAUUACUUCAUAAUUCAAGUUUAUACUGUUCACGUUUACUUUAACUGUGUUUCCUGGUAAUUACUUCAUAAUUGUACCUAAUUCUCGUUCAGUAUAGUACAAAAUAUCAGUGCUUAGUCCAAAUAUUGAUGGAAACCGAUGGAUAUGGGUAGGAAAGAUGUCUGUAAUAUAAUUUAUAUUUAUUUGCUGUUUUUCUAAUCAAUAUGUUGAAGAAAACUAUUUUUAUAUUAAUUUUAAUUUGUUAGGUUUGGAAGAUGUUUGCACUAGAUAAGAAAAUUUGCUACUAAACGCUUGAACUUGAAUCAUCGCUAAAUGUAAUAUCACUUUAUUUCGUAUUUGGCAUAAUAGUACUUUUUUACCACAGGGGCAGUGAGAAUAUCAAUGGUGAUACAAUAGUAGGUUUAUGUAUUAAUGUUUUAUCGCCAAUCAUAUGGAAUUUCGAUUAUCGCCUAGCCUCAGUAGCGAAAAAAACUAGAAGCAAUUGUUCUAAUUAAACCAUUUCAAUCGAACUUGUCAUAAAGAGCGUUGAACUUACCCCAUUUCGGCACGGGAGUUGGGUAAAAGUAAGUAGUAAAUAUCAGUACAUAACAUUUGAUUCUCAUUCGAACUAACAUCUGUAAUGUAACCUAGGAUUACUACCUACAUGUAUGUACUAGAAAGAAGCAUAUGUUUUUUAAGCUCUAAUUUUACCUUGUUUAUAAUUCAAUACAUUUUACCUAAAGA